UCCAGUUUGGGUAUAAAACGCAAAAAUCUACGACUUAUAUUCCAUAUCAUAUUACAUACGCCAAAAUGAAGGUCUACGGUAUUGUCUUCGCAUUGCUCAUUGUAAGCUCCACGUCACCUACAUCUGCUACCUUCUGUCCUACCUGCGGGCUUGGAGGUGCUGGAUUAGCUGGUGUUAUUGGAGGAGGAAUUGGUGGUGGACUCGGCAAUGGUCUUGGAUAUGGCAGCGGUUACGGUCCGGGAGCUGGAUAUAAUGGAAUUGGCUCUGGAAUUGGCGGUAGAUACCUUGGUGGAAUUCCCAUCGGACUCGGAUAUUAUGGCUACGGUAACAACGCUGGCUACAAUUCAAAUGCAGCUCGGAACGACAACGGCAACUCCAAUGCCAACCAGAAUGACAACAAUAACUCGAAUAGCAACACCAACGUAAAUGGACAGACGCAGAACAGUGCACAAAAAAGUGCUCAAGGACAAGCUUCUGCACAGGGACAGGCACAGGGCUAGGCAGGAGUGGGGAAAUACAACAUCCUGAGAUGAUAAGCGGCAAUACAAGAAAAUCAAAAAUACUUGCCAAUAAAAGUUGAACAGAA